UGAUUUAUCCAAAAGGUGUCAAGAAUAGUUGAUGGCUUCCCUAGAGGCUAUAUCAUAAAACAGUGUCGCUCAGAGCUCAAUAAACAGUGCAACAUCAGGCCCACUCCAGGACAAGUUCCAGGAGCCCAGUUCUCUUUCAAGGAGAGACUGGUAGAGCAAAUCAAGAGUCUGAGAGCAAGUGGUAUGGUUACAGACCAUGUCAGGAUAAAGCUCAGUGGUGACGGGGCCAGAAUGAGCCGCUCCUCAAAUUUCACCCUUUUUAGCUUUGCAAUACUGAAUGCACCUGAUGAUCUGCUUUCCUCGAAAGUUCCUCUUACAAACAAUGGGUUUGAGUGCUGCAAACUCAGCAUAUGCUUGUCUUUGGUGCAAAGUUCACAAGAAAGACAGAGGUGACAUGAGCAAGGAUGAUGAGUAUUAUGAGAAGGACCCACUACGCAGGACCCUACAGGAUAUUAUCGAGUGUGGAAAAAGAAAGAAGGGAGAGAAUUACUGCUGUGUUAAUAAACCCCUAUUCAACAUUGAACCUGACCACAUACUAAUAGAUGAGCUCCACUUAAUGCUGAGGGUGACAGACAUCCUGAUAGAUAAUGCAAUAGAAGAUGCAAUGCAGUGGGAUGAAAAGGAAAAGAUCAGUAAAAGAUCAAACAAAGGAAGCACAAGCCAUCUGAGUCAAUUAGUACAAACUAUACGGUCGUGUGGGGUAUCAUUUCAAGUGUGGGAGAAGCUUAAUGCAGAUGGUAGGGGAAGUGGUACCUAUGACUUCACAAGUUUGAUGGGUAGCGAUAGAAAGAAACUUCUGAAAAAGCUCCCAGAGAAGCUCAUUGGUGUCCUACAGCCAUCUACAGCUGCUAGGGUUGCAGAAAUCUGGAAGGAUUUCCACCAUUUGUAUUUUGAUUGUGUUUCUAACUGGAAACCACCAUCCAUGGAAGUCUAUCAAAAAGAGGCUAAAGAAUGGAUAACCAAAUUCGGUAGCCUUGGUGAUGUGAGGCUUGGCUACAAAAAAGAGCGAGUGACAUGCUACAUGCAUAUUGCAGCCUAUCAUGUUCCAGCCAUGAUAAGGCGCUAUCAAAACCUGAAGCAGUUUAGUGGUCAAGGUCUGGAGAAAAAUAAUGAUGAUGCAAGAAGAGUGGUUUUGAGGAAAUCUAACCACCUUGAUGACCCCUGUGAGGUUCUGCAAGCAGAGUUUAGGUUGGGCAAGCUAAAGCACAGGGAGAAACUCCCUCGUCCCUAUGUCAAACGAAAUGCCCAAUAUUGGGAAGAGGAAAUUAAGAUAAAGCAAAGACGAGGGAACACAAAUUAAGGCUCUACUAACUUUAUUUGUCACCAAGUGCAACUUUAACGAAACAAACUGUUACUUUCUCUUGAAAAGCCCUAGGUAAUAAAACUGGCAGGGGUUGUCUGGAGUAUUUCUUUGUUGUAAAGCUAACAAAGCUUCUAACCUUCAUGGGAUAAAAUACUUUGAUCCCCUGUCCAUGCAUGUCAGCCAGCUGAUCCCAGCCCUUUGGAAAAUAUGUGGCAGGGAACUGAUCUCUUUCGAGAUAAUGCCAAUUGGAGUCAUUAAAAUUAAAUAAAUAUCUAAAAACAUC